UCUGUCCCUGCAGCGGCAGUAGGAGGAACCAGAGCCGCUGGCGGGGGCUGGUGAUGGGGUCAAUUCUCCCGCGUGUGUGAAUCACCGUCACCGAACCGGCCCGUUGACGCCCUUAUCCGCGCGGCUGUUAGCGGCAUCGCGGCAUCUAAAAGGGAUGGUAUUAUUGAUAGAAGACUGUACAGUUCAGUCCAGGAUUCCACACUGGUGACAAGGACAUGGGACUCCUCCUGCCAUAUUCCAGAUGGUUCAUUACAACUGACAUCUUGGUUAAUAACUGUGAAAAGGAACAUUGGAUUGUGUUGUUUCAUUUUUGUGGGAAAUCACAAUUCCAAAUCUGUAGGAUACAUCAGGUUCCUUAUUUCCUGUAGAAUUUUAAAAUAACCUUCUCUGAUGAGGAUGUCUGAUACUCUUACUCUAAAGGAUGAAAUUGAUACAAUGAAUGGUUCAGAGACAGAAUUUAAAGACACAACCACAGUCGAAAACCUUAUCAAAUCAAGGAGCCAUGAGAAAAUUCAAGUAGAAGACGAUGAAAGUUGUACUGACAACAAAAAUGAUAUGCUGCGGCCAGUGCAGUCUUUUGGACAAACAGGAAAAAGGUCAAAGUCCAAUACAAAGUUAAAGCUAGUUCGGAGCCUUGCUGUGUGUGAAGAAUCUCCACCGCCUCCCACAGCUGAAAUAUCACAGGACAUCCAGGAGAAAAUUCACAUCCAGUUAAUGCAGUCUUUUGAGAAAGAAGAGAAGCCCACAAAAGAUGAAACAGAAAAGGAAAAAUCCAGUGAUAAAUUGUCAAGAAAAAUGUUAUCAAGAGAUUCCAGCCAAGAAUACACAGAUUCAACUGGCAUAGAUCUACAUGAAUUUUUAGUAAAUACACUAAAAAGUAAUCCCAGGGACAGAAUGAUGCUGCUGAAAUUAGAACAGGAAAUUUUAGAUUUCAUUGGUAAUAACGAAAGUCCGCGCAAAAAAUUCCCUCCCAUGACAUCUUACCAUAGAAUGCUGUUGCACAGAGUAGCUGCUUACUUUGGACUGGAACAUAAUGUGGACCAGAGUGGGAAAUCAGUGAUAGUAAACAAAACUAGCAAUACAAGAAUCCCUGAUCAAAAGUUUUGUGAGCAUAUAAAGGAUGAGAAAAGUGAAGAUUUUCAGAAACGUUAUAUCCUUAAAAGAGAUAACUCUAGUUUAGACAAAGAUGAUAACCAGAUGCGAAUACGCUUAAAAGAUGAUAGAAGAAGCAAAUCUAUAGAAGAACGAGAAGAAGAAUACCAGAGAGCUAGAGAACGAAUAUUUGCACAAGAUUCCCUGUGUUCCCAAGAGAAUUAUCUUAUUGAGAGAAGAAUCCAAGAGGAGGAAACUAAUAGUACACAGCAAAGGCGGCAGAUAUUUAGAGUAAAUAAGGACGCUUCAGGGAGAUCCACCAACAGCCAUCAAAGCAGUACUGAGAAUGAGCUGAAAUAUUCUGAACCCCGUCCCUGGAGCAGCACAGAUUCUGAUAGUUCCAGCCGUAAUUUGAAGCCAGCUGUAACAAAAGCCAGCAGCUUCAGUGGGAUUUCAGUUCUGACAAGAGGAGAUAGCUCUGGAAGCAGCAAAAGCACAGGCAAGCUGUCUAAGACAGGUUCAGAGUCUUCUAGUAGUGUAGGGUCAUCCACGGGUUCUCUUUCUCACACCCAGCAACCUCUUCCAGUCACAGCUCUAAGCCAGCCUUCUCAUGGCACACCUGCUGCCUAUCCAACUAUCAGCUCUAGUAAAUCUCUUUCCUUUGAUGGUGGCAUAAGUGGGCAAGUGACACCUACUAGCACUAGCUUCUUUUUGCUUCCCUUGGAAGCGGCAGGCAUACCACCUGGCAGUAUUCUGAUCAACCCUCAAACAGGUCAGCCGUUCAUUAACCCAGAUGGCACUCCUGUUGUGUAUAACCCUCCUAUGCUUCAGCAACCUGCUAGGACCCAAGUGCCUGGACUGCCACAGCAACCACCUCCCCCCCCAGCACCUCAGCAGCAACCAGCAGCUAAUCACAUCCUAUCACAGCCUAUCCGGUCUCUGCAGUCUUCUUCACAGCCUGUUCAGUACUCUGCAGUCUCUUAUCCACCCCCGCUCCUGCCAGUCGCAUCUACCCAGCAAUAUUCUGUGCAAGACAACCUAGGAUCACAAUUUAGCCAUAUGAGUCUUGCCCGUCAGCAACCAGCUGAUGGUGCUGAUCCUCACGCCACCAUGUUCCAGUCCACUGUAGUCCUUCAGCCUCCACAACAAUCUGGCUAUGUUAUAGCAGCAGCCCCACCGCUGCCACCACCACAAAGUCAACCAGUUCCUACUCCCAGCUAUUCUGCAUCCAGCCAUCCUGUCAACCAGCAAGUGCUGCAGCAACAGGGAUAUAUGCAACAAUCUCUACCACAGAUACCAGCUUGUUAUUGUGCUCCCAGCCAGUAUUCACACUCCAGUCAACAAUAUCGACCUGUUACUUCUGUCCAUUACAACGCACAGCAAAACCCACCACUGCCACAGCCUGCACAGCAGACAGAUUUCAGUGCUGCUCCUUUUCACAAACAGAAAGCAACCCACCUGAGCCCUCAAAAAUUUGUUUUUGGGGCUAACUUGAGGAAAAUAUCUUUCUAUUUGGUCAGUUGGAGUCACAGGCAGUGUUCCUUUGAAGGCUACCAAGUUAUGCCUAACCAGCAGCAAGCCUACCAGGGGUUGGUUGGAGUUCAGCAGUCUCAGAAUCAAAAUCUAGUCAGUAACCAACACAACAACAUUGGAAAUCAGAUACCGGGAGUGAUUGUUCCAUAUACUUCAGUGCCAUCAUAUCAGGUCUCAGUGCCUCAAGGGUCCCAAGGAAUGCCCCAGCAAACAUAUCAGCAGCCUCUUAUAAUUCCCAGUCAGUCAAAUCAAGGACUGCCCACAACAGGAAUACCCGUUUAUUACAGUGUUAUUCCAUCAGGUCAACAGAAUAAUUUAAGUUCAUCAGUAGGAUAUUUACAGCCUCCAGGAUCAGAGCCAAUUCAGUUUCCUAGAACAUCUUCCCCAUGCAACUCACAGCAGCUUCAAGGACAACAGUGUACGGCAGUAGCUCCACCACCAGGUGGAGGAGUAGUAAUGAUGCAGCUAAAUAUACCCAACAAUCCUCAGCCUCGAACCCAUUCACCUCCUCAGUGGAAACAUAAUAAAUAUUACUGUGACCAUCAAAGAGGACAGAAAUCCACAGAGUUUAGCACUUUAGAGAGUAUCACACAGUUUCAGCAUAAUGCUCAACUAAAUAGCCCUGUCACCUCACCAGCCCAGUCACCAGCACCAGCUCAACUAUCAAAUAUGAAAAACCUCCAUCCCACAUUAACACCUCUUUCUCUUGUGUCCCAGUUUUCUAGAUCUUUUGUCCCUGGACAAGGAGAUCCAAGAUACCCACUGCUCGGUCAGCCACUGCAAUAUAACCCUGCACCUUUGUUACAUGGUCAUGUAACAGGCCAACAGUGUCAACCUGCAAACAGACAUGGAAACAGAGGAAGGAAACCAGCUAAGAAGGCCGCUUCAGCAGAUCUUGGUGCAGGAGAAUCAGUUGCUGGAAAAGUCUUAGAAAUUACUGAAUUGCCAGAAGGAAUAACUCGUAUGGAAGCUGAAAAACUAUUUGGAGAACUCUUUAAAGUUGGUGCCAAGAUUCGGUGGCUAAGGAAUCCCCAGUGUCUACAGACACAACAGCAGCACCAACACCGUUAUUGUGGCAGUGGAGAUAAUAAUGUGAACAUUGAACCCUCCAAACCUAGUGACUUGGCCUCCACAUACACAGUUCUAGCUACGUUCCCUACAAUGUCAGCAGCCCAAAAUGCACUGAAGAAACAAAGUAACUCAGUUAACAAAUUCAGGCUGAGAACAAGCAAGAAGCACUAUGAGUUUCAUAUUCUGGAAAGGGCUAGUUCUCAGUAACAACUACAUUAUUGGACAUUCAGCCUUUAUUAAUUCCAUGUCCUUCUCUACUUGAUUGGCUUGAUGUUACGGGGUUUCUGUUCUCUUCAUAGAGACUCCUGGGAUGUGUUCUCACAUGACAUAAUAAUCUUUGAGGAAUAACCCAGUGAUCAACAAGAAGAAGAAAAAUAGAUAUACAGUUAAACCCAGACAAAAGUAAGAAUCCAUUUGGACAAGAUAUAGAGGCAGCUUUCUAUGAAGAAUGCUGUUAAAAUGCCCCUUUUAUAACAGUUUUGUUUUAUAUUCCUGAAUUCUUGUAUCAGAUCCAAAGCUCUAUUGUACAGCAAACUUUUGUUCAUAAUGAAUACCCAUAUUCAAAUCCGUAUUUUGUAAUCCCUUUUCACAGUCAGCACACAGCUAUACGUUUUAGGGAAGAGGGCAUGGGGUGGGGUGGAGUGGGUUGAAGGGAGAAAGAAUAACUAUUAAGAAAUUACAAAAAGUCUCCAGUUACCAUAUUUCUCUUCCCUGUGUUUCUUUUUCAAAUAAAGCAAUUACAGUAACUUGUAAAUGUCUUACACAGUCCUUUCAAGAUUCACUCAGUGUGAAAGAUAAUUACAAAUAAAUUAUAUAUUCUUGAACUCAUUUCUCAUCAAACAGGUUAGCAUAAGUAUUAAAGGGGAAUAUAAAAAUGUCUAAACUACAAAGAAUGUUCAUUGAAGCCAGUUUAAGAGUGAAGACAUUAAUGUAUCUUCCCAAAUGAUAAAAUGUUUGCACUUUGUGUUUUCCACCAGUAUAAAUCUUUUUCUUUCUUUGCACUCUAAGAUAAUUGUGUUAAUUAAGUGCCGGACCCUUCUUGAGUAAUUUAAAUAUGUUUUCAUCAUUUGCAAAGGAUCACUGGAUAUCAGAAGUUUCAUUGCACAUACAAACGAAACUUUUUUCAAUUUCUGUGUAAUUUGCAAGGCUGUACAAUGUGUGCUGAUGCAAGCCUUUUUUCAGUUCAAGAAAAUAAAUGUUUACAAAUACAAA